AAUUAGUAGUUGUUCAGGUUUAUUAGAAAUCUUUCUUUCUGGAUACUGUUGAGAUGCUGCUUAUGGAAAUCAAGGCGACCUUCUACUAUUUGGGCAAAAUAUUGAAUUAUGUUUCAGCUUUUUUGAUACACAAUUUAUGACAUUACUUCUAUUUUUUGGAUUUUGGUUUUCUCUUGCAUCACGUGUUACCUCAUUCUUUCAAAAUUGACUGUAUCCGGGAGUUCACUUGUCGCCUAAACUCUUAAUGUUUGGCAUAAACGUCCUUCAUUGGAUGCCUUUUUCUUGUUUUCUUUUGUCGUCUGGCUUGUGCUUUUGGUACCGUAUGUUGAUCAAACAUGAUCCGGUAAAUCCUAAAGUUUGGAUUGAGUAGGAAUAUGUCUGUAUAAACCAAGUAAUCAAGGAUUUUCCAAUUUGGGCUCGUUUGAUUUCUGUGCUUAGUUAGCAAAAAACCUAUUGUAUUUGUGAACCAAAUAAGAUGCAUUUAUUACUUUCCCCAGUGUGUAAUCUAGUCUGGAUUGCUCUCUACAACCCCUCUAAAAACUUUAUCUCUUCUCCUUGGUAGUAUUGGUUCAAAGCACACAAAUCUAAACAACAAUAAAAAAAUGGGAUACAAUCGCACAUUUCUGAUUGCUCCUGCGGUGUCUUCUCUGAUGCCUAGAAAGAAAAAAGCUGAAGCUAACGAAAAAAAGCAUGAAGAAUAUGGGGAUAUCCUGUUUAUCAGUCAAGGACAGGAUAUUGGAGAAGAGGUUCUGACUUAUUUUCGGUACAGAACCAAUAGAUCCCAAAAUUCCAAUGGCCACUCACGGAUUGGCUGGAUCAUGUCAGCUAAUGGUCUAGUUUUCCACCCGAUAUUGGAGAAUUCAUCAACUACUGCUGAGGGUUUAUAUGACAUGAUACGUCUUGAGGGAAGGUAUACUAUUUCUGAAGAUGGGGAGGUGCAGCAGUGUGGACCUUUGACUAUAUCCUGUGCUGAUCCAAGUCAUGUUGUUUAUGGAGGUCACGUCAUUGGACGUCUGAUUGCAGCGGAGGCUAUUCAGCAGGUUGUGGUUGGUAUCCGCUGCAUAUAAUCCAAGUGAAGACGAGUAAAAGUUAGGAAGGGUUGGAAGCACGUUUACUGUUGUUACCUUUCAUGGUAAUUGAAUGAAUGAUUUCUCUUGAUGUUCAUCAGGAUAGUGCAACAGUUGUGUAUUAUGGAAAACCUUGAAACAAUAUGGGUUGGGUUGUGAACUCCACAGUAGGCAAAAGAUACGAUAACUUUGGAGAUGAAAUUGAGAAUUGUCCAAUUGCCUCUUCUCUUUAUGCUGAAAUUUACCUAUAUAUCUUUUGUUCUACCAUGUGGAUCACAGAAUGAAGU